GAAUGGUGCCCGCCCAAUGCCAGUUGGGAUGAUGCAAGCUCAUUUUUUUCUUGUUUUCUCAAAACAGCACUUGCGGUGUCCUCUGAGAGCAGCCUUUCAGGGCAGAGUUGUUCUGCAUCCACCAAGAAGUCAAGAGACCUGUGUGCAGUGCCUCCGGCUCUCUCCUGCGCACUAUGAAAGCUCCCGUCAUCCUCUACGUCCUCUUGGCUUUCCUAGACCAAGGCAGCUCUCUCCAGUGUGAAGUUUGCCAUAUGAAAGGGUACUGCUGUUCUGGACCCAUGAAGACCUGCGAUCCGGGCGAGGAUACCUGCGGUAUUAUGAAAGGUGAAGCGAUUUUAGGCGGAGUGAGGAUUCCGAUUUACACAAAGUCCUGUUUCAUAUCUGAUGUGUGUCGCUAUGCUCAUUUUAGCAUGGACUUUGGGACAGGAAUAAGACAAAGAACCAGUAUUGCCUGCUGCACCGGGGAGGCCUGUCGAACUACAUCUGUUAAACUGCCACCACUGAACACCACUCCCAAUGGCUUGCAGUGUCCAGCGUGCUUCGUCAAUGGAUCUCAUGAGUGUGGCAACGAGAUUGUGUAUUGUACUGGGUCUGAGACCUACUGCUUUGAUUUAGCAGGGACACUUCACAGGGGGAAAGUCACUUGGAAAGCAGCAGGAAAAGGCUGCACCUCUCUGUCUGACUGCAAAGUGCCACAGGAACUCCUACACAUGUCCGUGGAUGCGAACAGGCUUGAAUGCAAACCGGCCUCUCCUGCAGCCAUCAAGGCUUCCGGAUGGACCCUGCCACACACCCUCUCUCCUCCCAUCAUGGCCGGGCUCAUCUUGGCGAAGACGAUGUCCUGAUGUUCCCGAGGGCCAUGAAAUGCAAGGUCGGAUGAGGAUCCCUCUGCCUCCUCGCUUGUGUGUGACGCUUCCUGCUACGGCUUCUCUCUGCAGGUGGUUUUUUGCCCCCAGGCCUGGAUGCAAGACAUGGCCAUGAUGUGAAAGAGGAUUGAACACACAACACAUCACCCUACUGUAUUCCCAUUUAUUAAAAGCUGGGGUAAAGUUAUUCCAGGGAAAUGACGAGUAAAACUUUUCUCCUCUCUUGAUCUUGAUAUUCUUACGUUGGUGUAUGGAGUCAUUUAAGCUAGACCAGCAUUGAUGAGUCACGUCCAUCUUAGCGUCUGGCAUGUGCUUCAUUUGUCAGGUUUUCUGAUGUAUUCUGUGGCUGUUUCUCCCAGGCUGGGGUGCAGGGACACACUGUUUAAUACCGCUGUGCAGUACAAGCAGCAGGAAGAGGAGAUCUUGGGACAACUCUAGUUUCUAGCUGCAUAAAACAGCCUCAGAAAGACCCUUUCAGUUCUGUUACACUUUACCAGACACUGCUGGGGGCUAAAAGGGCCAGGACCAAACUCUUUAAGUUUUAUUAUCAAGAAACGUAAGAAGAAGGGCUGAAAAGGACCUGUAGUCCAAGCCCUGCUCGAGGCAGGGUCAGCCCUGUGUGAAGCACCCCAGACAGGCAGGUGCUUGCCGAAUCUGCUCCUUAAGACUUCCCAGGAUGCAGAUCGCACAACCCCUGUAGCAUUAUCUUUCCCAAAGCUCCACCGGGCUCAUAGCCAGCAUGUUCUUCCUCAUCGCCAGCCUCGAUUUCCCUUGCUGCAAUUUGAGACCAUCAUUCCUUGUAUUAUCCAAGAAGGAAGUUUAUUGCCAUCCCCCUUAUAACUACACUAGAGGUAUUUGCAAACUAUUAUCAAAUCCCCGCUCAGUCUUUACUUCUCCAGACUAAAAUGUCCCAGUUCUUCCAAGCUCUUCUCAUAAGGGCUCAGCUCUGGGAGUCCUUCCUUGGAGGCUCACCACAGCCGAGCCUGGACCUCUUUCGGAUGCACUGCAAGACCUUCCUAUUGGGGCAGGCAUUUAGCAAGCAAAGCUAAGUCAAGAUAGAGCUUACUAAUUCUGGUUCAUCUGGGUAUACUAGUGGCCCUUUAAGUUGUUCUAUCCUCUUACAGAACCUUUUUUGGGGAAGGGCGGCAUCUGCAUUGCAUAAAUAAGUGAAUAAUAAAUUAAGUUUCCUAGAAAUUUUGA